UUUAAUGUGAAUAUUUAUAAGAUUCCGAUUCUCAAGCCCCAUCUCCGGAAGGAAAUCUCCAAAGCUGAUAAUGACUAUUGAUCAAAAUUAUUAAAUUAGUGUAUUGUCAUCAGCCUUUAACAAGUGUUGAAAUCAGUACUAUGGAAAUCCAAAUUCCUUAACAUACUAUAUACGUAGAUACAUACACACCAAGCUAAUAAAAGUAUAUUGAAAAUUGAUCAAACGUUUUUUUCAUACUAGAUUGUAUUUAUUUAACAAUUAAGUUCACAAAAAAUUUAUAUUUUUAAAACAAUGGAAGAGAUGAAAUAACUAUUUCAUAGGCACUUAAGGAUAAUUAUAAAAAAGAAGAAAACUGUCAAAGCUAUAUCCGUUUCCUUGUCAUUACUAAAGUGAGGUUUUCUUUUCUAUCAAGUGUCUUAUUGUGUGAGGUGGUCUUGGAAAGUUUUAAUUAUUUAAAGAACAAUAUGCAGUUGUGCUUAAGAGGAAGUUCCACUCAUUUCCUUGAGUGUCAAGGAUCUGAAACUAUCGGUGAAGUUAGGGAACGUAUUGCCUCUUUGGAAACCCUUAAAGCAUCUGAGAUCAGUUUAUAUGCUGCUGGAGCUCCAGUUUCAGAUGACAGACUCGUAUCAGAUUUUAUAGACGUAGACAUUGAACUUACUGUAGGCCUUCCUGGUGGUAAAGUUCAUGGAUCUUUAGCUCGUGCAGGUAAAGUAAAAGGUCAGACUCCAAAAGUAGAAAAACAGGAAAAGAAAAAGAAGAAGACGGGAAGAGCUAAGAGACGUAUUCAAUACAACAGACGAUUUGUCAACGUAGUAGCAUCUUUUGGACGUAGACGAGGACCAAACUCUAACUCUGCCCCAGGAUCCUAAGUCAUUAUUUUUCUUUUUAUCUCAACAAAUCCAAAUGUGAUGUUGAUCUAAAAGAUUAAAGCUAAUUUUUAUUUA